CUUCUCUCCACCCCCACUUCAAACAUCUCUUCUCCUCCAUGCGUUCAUCCAGUCUUCUGUCUCUCUGUGGCGCGCGCUUGCUCCACAUCGCCGCCCUGGCCCUUUAAAAGAGAGAGGAAAAAAAGAAAAAGCAAGUAAAGUUUCCCAGCGAACCAUUUUUCUCCCGGUUGCCAUAGCGAUGAGCGAGCACUUGGAGAGGUGCGGCGGUAUUGGGAUGCAGUGACAGCACUUCGCUAGCAUGUGAAUUCACACGCACCGCGAGUGAUGGAGGUUCUCCGCGCGAUGAGGUGAGACGCGCACGCCCACGCGCGCUCACAGCCCUGCCACAGCGCAACCACUCUACAUGGGCGUGCUAAAGGGGACACAAAUUAAAGGAGCACAGCUUCGGAGUGUGAGUAGAAGGGCGAAAAUAGGGGGUUGGGAGAGGGCGUGUGUGUGUGUGUGUAUGUGUGUCUCCGUGUAGGCGUGUAAGUGUGUGUUUGUGAGAACGCACGGUACUUGUGGUAACUUGAAUAUUUUAGGUCAGUCUGUGUAAAACGCCAGUUGCCUUUUUUGAGUGUUCAUAUUUCAUUGUGACUGUCCCCACAGGCAACGCUUAACCUUUAAGGCUUAUUAUUCAGUUAUUACUAUUAAGACAUAAUAUUCAUGUCAUGUCAGUAACUACCAUGAAACUAUUUGUACGCUGUGUAAUUAUGAGAGUGAUGAAUUAAACUCACGGUAAAGAAUUAAACAGGUUGCAUAUAUUAUAACUGGAUGUUUAUGUAAGACAAUCUCUGAUGAAACCCAUCAUGCUAAUCAUGCAAAGUAAAGUAACAGUUUUGGCCUGAAAAGGUUGCAUUACGUGGAGGUUUUUGUUACUUUCCAAUAGGCCUUGAUAGUCACCGUUGAAAUGAAGGCAGAAGGAUUGCAAUUAGCUUCAUGGCUUGUGAGUACUCUCAGAGUCCAAAAGCACCUUUUUUAACUGGUGAAAGCAUCUGUGCUGGCAGGUGCAGUCUCCCGCUUUAGAGAGGAGAGAGCUCUUUGCCUACUUACCUUUUCCCCUCCUCUGGAGGCUUUCACAGACUUCAAGGCAGUUCUUAUGUAACAGAGUGAGUGUGGCGGCAGUUGUGACUUCCUCUAAGUCUGAUAGCAUUUUUGGAGUUAGCUUGGUAACACUUCAUAAGUAAACGUGUAAGGACGCUGAAUGUUUACCUGCAAUACGUGCAAGUUGACAGUGAGAGAAUAUGCAUACUUAUAGGUGGACUUUUGCAUCAUUUGGCAGUAGAAGCUGACAGCUAAGUGUGCUGUUGUACAUAUACUCUAUCUGGGAGUUUUCAUGAAUGUGCCGGAGUACUCAUGUGCUGCCCCUUCAGCCAGAAGAGAUAUUUUUAAUCCUGUCACUCUGUAUGCAUUUAGGAUUGAUCAGGGGUGUAUGUGGGUGGGUGGCAGCCACUUUUAUUUCUGUCUUGCUGUCAGUGCGUGUGUGUGUAUAUGUGUGUGUGUGAGCUGUGUGUGUGUGUGUGGUGGUGGAGGAAAAGGCUAAGCUAUCAGCAGAGCACAGGCUUUCCUUCACUUCCUGUCAAAACAUCCCGAGGAGCCUCAGCUCAAUCCAGCAGGGAAGAGGGGCAGGAAGUGGGGCUGAGAUCACAGGAAGUGGAUUCCAUGGUCAGAAGGGCUGAGGUUGAAAACAGGCCCAGUGGAGGUUUCUGGAGACUGCAGAAGCCCAAGAUUCUACAACAGCAAACUGAUCUGACUGAGAGGUUGUGAGGCCAGCGUGUUGAGCAGCGCACACACACCCACACGCACACACACACGCAUUCCCAGAGCAUGCCUAUGAGUCCACCUGCCGACGGCAAACAUGAGGCUCCCGAUAGGCCGCGGCAACAGCACACCCCUACCAACGGUAACCACGGAGACGACAGCAUUCGGGCCUCUCCUGGGACCAAAUCCGCCUCCACCGAACCCAUGGAGGAUCUCCACGGAAACGCCGUCAUUAUCCGCAUUGGAAUCCCCGACCUUCAGCAGACGAAAUGUCUGCGUUUGGACCUGGAGGCUCCAGUGUGGGUUUGUAAGCAGAGAGUCCUGGUCACUUUGACCCAGAGCCUGACAGAUGUGCUGAACUAUGGCCUCUACCUCCCAGCCUUCAACGGCCGAGCCGGCAAGUUCCUAGAUGAAGAGAGAUUGCUCAGAGAGUACCCCCUCCCUACUGUCACACCUGUACCUUACCUAGAGUUCCGCUAUAAGAGACGUGUUUACACUCAGAGCCAUGUGGAUGACAAGCAAUUAGCCAAACUCCAUACUAAGGCCAAUUUGAAGAAGUUUAUGGAGUAUGUUCAGCAGAGGAAUGUGGAGAAAGUCUGCAGGUUCCUGGAGAAAGGGCUAGAUCCCAACUUCCAUGAUACAGAUAGUGGAGAAUCCCCACUAACCCUGGCAGCCCAGUUAGACUCAAGCGCUGAGCUGAUUAAAGUUCUGAGGAGUGGAGGAGCUCACUUGGACUUCAGAACCAGAGAUGGCAUUACUGCACUGCACAAAGCAGUACAGACGCACAAUCACGUAGCUCUAACUACACUGCUGGAUCUUGGUGCGUCUCCAGACUAUAAAGACAGUCGUGGGCUGACUCCUCUGUACCACAGUGCCAUGGUGGGGGGUGAUCCAUACUGCUGUGAGCUGCUGCUGUAUGAUCACGCUCAGCUUGGCUACAGUGACGAGAAUGGCUGGCAGGAGAUACACCAGGCUUGUCGCCAUGGGAACGUGCAGCACCUUGAGCACCUGUUGUUCUAUGGAGCAGAGAUGAGUGCGCAGAAUGCCUCAGGAAACACAGCGCUGCACCUUUGUGCUCUCUACAACCAGGACAGCUGUGCCAGAGUGCUGCUGUUCCGAGGAGCAAAUAAAGAAAUCAAGAACUACAACAACCAGACAGCUUUCCAGGUGGCCAUUAUUGCAGGGAAUUUUGACCUGGCAGAGAUCAUAAAGAUCCAUAAAACCUCAGAUGUAGUGCCUUUCAGGGAGAGUCCCUCAUACUCGUCACGGCGCCGCGGGGUGUGUGUGUCGCCGCGCCGCUCCCUGAUGCGUUCGGCCAGUGACAACGCUCUGGACGAGAGUCUACCUGCGCCCUCACCAGCCCCGUCACUGCACAGCCUGCCCCCACUGGAGCCUGACGACACAUCGCCUGCACAGCGCAGCCCGCAGGGGGUGCACACACACACACGCAGCCUCAGGAGACAGACCCGCGGACACCUCAGCCCUGGCAGUCCAGUGCAGAGGGACCCUAGUCCCCCUGCUGUAUCACGAGGGCCAAAGCGGAGGCUGUACAGUGCUGUGCCUGGCCGUACCUUCAUCGCUGUCAGCUCACACACUCCGCAGGGUGAGGGUGAGAUCACACUCAACCGCGGGGAGAGGGUCAAAGUGCUGAGCAUAGGUGAGGGAGGAUUCUGGGAAGGUUCAGUUAAAGGACGAACUGGUUGGUUUCCUGCUCACUGCGUAGAGGAAGUCCAGUUGAGACAGUAUGACCCACGGCUAGAGACCAGAGAGGAUCGCACCAAGAGGCUUUUCAGGCAUUACACUGUUGGCUCCUAUGACAACUAUACCUCCUACAGUGAUUAUGUGAUAGAGGAGAAAAGUGCCACACUGCAGAAGAGAGACAGUGAAGGAUUUGGCUUUGUUCUACGAGGGGCUAAAGCUGAAACUCCCAUUGAAGAGUUCACGCCGACUCCUGCAUUCCCUGCCCUGCAAUACCUGGAGUCAGUGGACCUGGACGGGGUAGCAUGGAGGGCAGGACUACGAACAGGGGAUUUCCUCAUAGAGGUGAACGGAGUGAGUGUGGUAAAAGUGGGACACAGGCAGGUGGUCUCUCUGAUUCGCCAGGGUGGUAGUCGUCUCCUUAUGAAAGUGGUGUCAGUCACACGCAAACCUGACACUGGAGAUGUUGUCCGCAAGAAAGCUCCUCCACCUCCCAAGAGAGACCCCAGCACAAGCCUCACUUUGCGCUCCAAAAGCAUGACCGCAGAGCUGGAAGAGAUGGAGAAGUUGGAUGAGAUGCUGAGCUCACCAAAGGAGCCUGUAGUGGUGAUGAGGCAACGGCCCACGGAGGUGGACUCCAGAGCAGCCACUGUGAAACAGAGACCGACCAGCAGACGCAUCACACAAGCCGAGAUCAGUAACUUGUUUGAGAGGCAAGGGAUUCCAGUACCUGCAGGAGUGUCUCUAGCUGUGGACAAAAGUCACAUGCAACUGCCCCGAGGGAUGUCCAGAACAAAAUCAUUUGGUGCACCAGAAGAUGAGAGAAUAUCUGCUUUAAUUGGAGAGCAUCGAUUCCCAAGAAGCUCUUCAAUGACCGACAGCUUCCGACAAGACAGUAUCCCGCCCCCUCCACAAACCGCACCUCCUCCCCCUCCGACGCCAUACUUUUUAGAUUCGGGUCCUCCCCCAUCUUUCUUACCACCUCCACCCCCAACACGCACAGCCAAUCAGACCCGCUCGAGCUUCCGGCCUGGGGCAGAACCCAAGCUCCAUGGUCCUGUCACAACAGACCGCCAGCGUAAAGCUCGCUCUAUGAUUAUCCUUCAGGACACUGCCCACCUGCCAGUAGAGCCUGCCCCCAUUCCCCGGCCAGCGACACCUACCUCUGGGGCUGCUCCUCCUGAGCGUGGUCGUAGGCGUGGCCAGCCUGUGGAGAAUCCAUAUGCCAACGUGGGCCGCUUGAGUGCAGUCUAUACCCCUGCAAAGCCUCAACGCAGAAAGAGUCCAUUGGUCAAACAAGGCCAAGUGGAGGAGGGUGCCCAGGCUGCAAGAGAUCCCUCUCCUCUAGGAGGAGCACGAAUCCCCCACAGCAGCCGAGCUGAGCAGUUCCAGCAGCAAGUGCUCUCUGAGAGGGCCAGGAUCACACCCCCAGGGGCACGUCGCAGGCCCAGUGUGUUCCUCUCUGUGGAGGGGGGUGCCACAGAACCUCAGACCACCCCCUUGCUGUCCCAGUCGCACUCGGUGGAUGAGCUAGCAGAGCUGCCACCACCGGCACCCAUGCUGUCCCCUGGACCACCACCAGGGGGCUCCACCUUUAUCCAUCCUCUCACAGGAAGGCCUCUGGACCCCUCCUCUCCCUUAGCACUUGCACUGGCUGCACGAGAACGUGCCCUCAGUGGCCGGACCACCCCCACGCCCACGCCCACUCCUUCGCCAUCACCCACUCAGGGCAGAGCAGUCGAGAGACCAGAGACAGAAGGAGGUGUCACACCCCCAGCUGCUCUUGAGGCCCCAUCUUCCGACACCUGGAGGGAGGAGCCUGUCAGUAUUACCACAGAAACGGCUAGUCAGGUUACAAGUGGCAGCCCGGGAUCUGGGAGAAGUUUGGAGGAGACAUUGGUGCCACCAACCGUGCAGAUCGUCCAGCCAGCGCUUAUGGACACAGAGCACAGCCAACCUGCAGUUCCACCUUCCAUGCCUUCACCCGCCCCAACCCUCUCAAACCUGGCGGGACGGAGCAUGACCAUGAGCUCAGAGGAAGAAGCCGAGCCCUACACAGUUACCUUGCCUCCAGCACUGCUGUCAUCCAGUGACGAAGAAACCAGAGAGGAGCUCCGCAAGAUUGGCAUUGUCCCUCCGCCUCAACCCUUCGCCAAUGGCCUUCUAAUAAAGGAACCACCCAAAGCCACUCUCAGCAUUUCUCCAGGGGCGUCGCGGCCUUCCAUAGCAAAGACAUCUUCUGGCAAAGUGAGUGAUUCCACAGCAGACUCCGGUGUUGAGGACCCCCACAUGGAGACUACGAGUACUGUUUCUACAGUCUCCAGCAUGUCCACUUUGUCCUCGGAGAGCACAGACUCAGCUCAUGCCAGCAAGCCACGUUGUGGGGUGGGGCGUGGCCGCCCCGCCCAUCUCAGGGACCCACUGCUUAAACAGUCGUCAGAUAGCGAGCUGCUUCCACACCCGCCCAGCACAGGCCCUGCCCGCCCACGCUACCUGUUCCAAAGACGCUCCAAACUCUGGGGUGAGGAGCCCAGGGCUCAGGUUGGCAUAGGUGAUGAUAGUAGGCCUGCUGCAAUGGGGGCAGAGUUACUGAGUAAAGACACACAUUCUCUAGGGGAGGAGCCACCAAUGGGAGCACCGCUCGACCCUGGCCGGAGAUCACCCGUGGGCGGCGCCAGAUGUGAGGAGAAUGGAGAAGAGAGUAAAUCGCUCUUCAGCAGCCUUGGGGAGCUCCACACCAUCUCUCAGAGGAACUACGGCACUACUUUCACCAUCCGUCCCGGCAGCCGCUAUCCAGUGACCCGCAGGACGCCCAGUCCUGGAGCCACCCCGGAGCGGAGUGAGCCUCUAGGGCCUGUGCGCACUUUUGGCCCCCACCAUCACCACCACCACCACACCAUCCUCAAGUCGUCCAGCCUGAGCCUGCCGCAGGAGCCCAAGGAGGUGCGCUUUGUCAUGCGGAGUGCCAGUGCCCGUGCCCGCAGCCGCUCACCUUCCCCGUCGCCCUGCGCCUCCCCUUGCCCCUCCCCGGUACUGGGUGCCCCACUUCUGGCCCUGCGGCCCUUCAGACAGCGCCCCCUGGCACUGUGGAGUAAGUAUGAUGUGGGCGAGUGGUUAGAAAGCGUGGGACUAGGGGAGCAUCGAGCCCGCUUCUUGGAGCAUGAGAUUGAAGGCGCCCAUCUGCCCGCCCUCACAAAGGACGACUUGGCGGAACUGGGAGUGACACGGGUGGGCCACAGGAUGAACAUAGAGCGUGCACUCAAACAGCUGUUGGAGAGCUCAGGAGCAUGAUAAAUUCCAUAGAAUACUGUUCAACAAAGUCCUUGCCAAAUUGUAUUUACAGUUUUACCUGCAGGCCACUUCCAAAUGUUCUACUGAGACCUCAGCUUAAAAAUGUCCUUAUCUUCAGACCGCCCCACUUUUUGAUCACUUUACAAAUGUCCCUUACAAUUCUCAACCUCUCCACGACCGAAUAUCCACCCAAGUCACCAAACCUGAUUUAACUUAAUGCUAAGAUAACAUCCAAGCACAUUCCCAAAUCUUAAGGCCUAUUUAAUCUGAAUUUUGUGUGCAGACUGUAGACCUAUUGUGCUGUUUUGUGGUCCAUAGGUACAGUUUGAAAGUUAUCUGUGAUCAAUGGGCCAUGAGCACUAGAGAGUAUUACGAUUUAAAACGGAACAGACAGAAUAGCCAUUUUCAACCAGCAUGACACAUAAAUUCAGUGGAAUUCUAAACAUGUAAGUAUGUGGAACAAAAUACACUUGGACUGGAUGCCAUAAUAUAAAGAAGAGAAUUAAGGAUAUUUGCAUUUCACAGCUAUGUAUUGGGAGCAAAAAAGCCUGUAGACCUUUUAAUGCCAAUGCUUCCCAGUGUCCAGGGUUUACAAUAUAUAAUAUAUACUCACAGUAUUGUUGGUCAGAAAAUAAUGCCAUACUGGUAACUUCAUAUAUUACAUACCACAUCUAGACUAGGCAUGUAAAUGUACAUGUCAGAGCGUGAAAGAGUCAAGAGACAAUCUCCUUUUAAAGGUGCACUAUGUAGGAACAAACUUCUAAGCAAUCCAUUGCUUUUCAGAGACAGCCAUUGUUGUGGAUAGUAUGAGCUAAUAUUUCUGAAUGUGUAUGUUUGAACUGGUUCUGACAUGGUUUAACAUGUAAUUAGAUAGUCCAUGAUAUUUAUAACAAUGCACACACGUUGUAGCGUUGAUUUCCUAAUGAAAUGGUCAGGGGGAGAACUAUGGUAGGAAGUAAAACAGGAGCUAACAAACAUCUGUCACUCUAAGUUCAUUUUUUUGACAAUUUAUGAUGAUGUUUUAGCUUAAGUGUAAUGUAAAAAUCCAACAUAAUGCACCUUUAACCCUGCUACAACCUUUCAUAAUACAAGUGUGGCCUUGAGAUAAUACUGCCGCCAUCUAAAUUUGAUAAAGAAGAAUAUUUUCAGUGAAUACAUUCAAUUUUAUAUGUAUAUGAUAUAUAUGGGCUUAUAUAUUCAAAGAGAAGAAUGUAUGAGUGUUAUCUGAAAUAUGUGUCUUAUGCCCUGUGCGAUUGUGUUCAUUUGGUCAUAUUUUAUCUUUGUUAUAUUAAAUAUUAAGUAAUGACAUAAGCCCAAACAUAGUUACUCUCUUCCCCAUAGUAUUCCUUGUGAUUUCUUAGAGCUCAGAUAUCUGCAGUAAAGAAAACACAUUUCUUAAACAUGGAAAUGUUUAAUUUAAAAAAAAUGUUGAAACACCCUUUGGUUUUGUCAUUUAUGAAUAAAUGUGAGGUGAGAUUGAAUAUUGACUAUUUAUUUAAAUCAGAGAGGCACUUAAAUACUAUGGGGAGUAGGUAGCACUUUCUUUGUUACCUUUUGUCUUCUAUAUGGAAUAACAAGGUAAAUCACUGUCAUGAUUUAAUGAUGAUUUGUAACAUUUGAUUAUUGGAAUGUUAUUUUGUGUAAUUGCUAAAUUUGGAAUUUCGUUUCAAUAUAGGCUUUGGUUGAGAUUGAUUGAGCAAAAAAUGUAUGCUACUUAAGGGCUUACAAAGUAAUAAUCAGAAACCAUGAUAGUUAUUACAUGCCGAUCAAUGCAGAUGUGAACUGACAUUUGGACAGCAACUUUUCAGGAGAAAAGAAGGAUGCUUGUACGCCAUACUGUUUUGGCUUAUCACUGAGCAUCAAGUCUAGAGUCCAUUUUAAGCUACAAGAGCCAUGAAAUACCAGUAACACUUGAAGGGGAAUGUGCAGCUUUCGAUUUAUGUUUGAAAAAAUCAGAUUGAAACUGUGAAAAUCAAGCUAGGUUUUCUUGUAAUGCUGUGUGAAUUGGAGACUAGCCAUUCGAGUAUUAUUUUAACACUAUCUGAUAUUUUUGUGGAUGGCCCUGAACUGGCUGACAUUGCGUUUGAAGCCAUGUAAGCCCAGCCCGGUAACAUACUUUCAGAUUGUCUAGUCCCUUUUUCCAGUAACCAAAGUACUUUGGGCGUUACUCGUUAAGCAGAACUAUUUAAUGCUAAUGCUAAACGCAGGGUACAUUUUGUUUCAGAUAGGCCUAUUCCAAUCAAGGCUACCAUGUAAGUCGAGACCCACACUUGUCUCUCGUCCAGCUGAUAAAUUUGCACAAAGUGGAGGGUGCUACUUUUUAUAAGCCAUCUGCAUAGAACACUGCUGUUCUCUCUCUCACUCUCUCUCUCUCUCUCUCUCUCUCUCUCUCUCUCUCUCUCUCUCUCCCUCUGUCACUCACUCUCUUCAGUACCAGUCAAAGGUUUGGACGAUCUUAAAGAUGAUGUCAUAGAAACCUAUACAUAAUAGUGAUGCCUAUGUAUGAAUUUAUUUCCAAAUUGAUUAAAACAAGCAGAUACUCAACAGCAAGUAGUCACCCCCCAGUGCACCCUAGGUGGCUCCUCAUUAAGCUGCUUGAGAGAAUACCAAAGGUCCAAAGCUAUAACAAGGCAAAGGCGGGCUAUUUUGAAGAAUCUAAACUAUUAGAUUCUGAUGUUUGGUUCAGUCUUUUUGAAACCUGCAAAAUUUGUAUUAUUAUUCACUACUAAAUGUGGAAAUUGGUUAAAAAAAAAAAAAAA